AUGCACCGCAGUGUUUUGGUUGGCGCCGCGUCUAACAUGGCGGCGGACAGUUGCGUGUUUCACAGAACUCUUCACAGAAACAGAUCCGGAUCCGGUCCAAACAAGGCCUCCUCGUCCUCUCCUUUGGUCUGCAGGGAGUUUCUGUUUGUGGUGGACGUCCGGCGCUACAGCCGAGACCAGGGGUUCCCCGUCUACUUCCCUCAGACCGUCCUCAGUGGUGAGCACCUGUAUGACGUCACCCUGACGGACGGAGACUGCCGGCUCCAGGUGACUCUGGACCCCGGUCUGAACCGACUGGUGGAGCGGCGCGUCCUGCAUCCGGGGUCCACGCUCUGCCACGCCACUUUCACCCCUGCCCUGAGCGCUCAGCUCCCAGAAUGCUCCGGGGCCUCUGGAGACAGAGACAGCUACAGACUGGUGAGUGUGGAGGUCAGAGCCGGAGCUCCGGGGGGCGACGAGGACCAGGGAGUCAGGACACCGGAUCCGGACUGGGACUCCCUGCCCUGGUUUGGAUCUUCAGAACCUGCAGACCCGCUGGUUCCUCUCAGAGCCAACAGGAGCGUCUUCCUGCCACUGUGGAACAAUGUGGACUCCAGCGGGGAGGCCUGGAGGGAAGCUCCGCCCACCGAGGAAGACGAGGAGACUGAAGCAGAAGAGGAGGACGAAGGUCAGCGUCCGGCUGUGACGGUGUGGGAGCUGCGCGACUCCUUCCUGUCUAGCCAGCGGCGUGUUGCCAGAAGGACGGUUCAGGAUCAGCUGAUUGUACGCAUCAUCAACAAGUCUCACCUGAUGUAUUAUGGGAGGACGGACAGGAACUGUGAGUGUCCAUAUAAGGCUGUGCUGGAGGUGUGUGACCAGACAGGAAGUGUGUGUGUGGUGUUGUGGAACAGCAUGUGCGUCGACUGGUACGGCUGUCUGAAGCCUGGCGACAUCAUCAGUCUGCGACGGUACCGAGUCAAGCAGCACUACGAGGCCAUGGAUGAUGACAUAGAGAUCAGCGUCAACAGCAGGAAUCCUGCUGCCCGCAUAUCUAUUCUCCCAGAAUCCUCGGUUUCAGCGGACUUUCUGCCCCCUGCGCCCACCUACAGCUUCUACAACAGUAAGGAGCUUCUGGACCCUCCUCCUAGCGCCACGUGUGAUGUCAUCGGCUUACUGACCUUCGCCGGACGACCUGAGCGCAUCCGGAGUAAAGGCGGGAGAGGGGCGGAGCUUCUGGAGUACCGCUGGCUGCGACUGGAGGACGGAAGCAGCGAUAAGCCGAUCAUGGUGAAGCUCUUCUCCACCUCUCAACCGGAAACGCACCAGAAGCUCCACCCAUUGUCGGUGGUGGUCUGCACUCGCCUGAGGCCGGUCGGAUCCCCCGACCCUGGUCGGGGCGGGUCCUACCUGACGAACACGGCCUACACGCAGGUCUACUGCACAGGGCGGGGCCACCACUCCCGGAUGAGUUACCGUAAACUCGGUCAGGUGCAACACUUCCUCCGUUGGUUGAGAGGCCAGGAUGAUGGACAGGUGCUGAGCAGGGCUCUGAUUGGAGGAUUCUUCAUCUACCCGCCUCCUCCCGUCUCCCUGGAAACGUACAUGAGGGAAAGGAGAGGUGAGCUGGGUUUCCUGCAGGGGGCGGAGCUUCAGAGGGAGCUGGAGCGGCUCUGUUACCGGGAGAGGCGCAGCUUCUGUAUCCAGGCAGCCGUUACCAUGGUUACCUACAGCCGCACCGGACAGGAGGACCGUUGUCUGUUCUGGACAGACGGGGCUUCGUCCGUCUCCCCGUCCUCCUCCCCCUCCUCUCCUCUUCCGCUCUUUCAGUCCUCCCCCCGCCCCCCCCUGUCCUCCUCCAGCAUCGGUCCAACCUCUCCGUCCUCGGCCGCCGGUCAGCUGAGCCCCCGUCCCUGGGGCCGAGGCGCAGGGAGGAGUAAGAGGAGGCUGCUGCAGGGGGACACGCCCAGGAAGAGACUUCCCCGGGUCACGAUGGGGGCGGAGCAGAGCCACAAGACGGUGGUUCUGUUCGAAGCCUCCAUGGAGUUCCUGGAGAACGUCGCCGACGCCGAGGACGACAGCGAAGACGCCGCGUCCUUCACCACGGCCCCGCUCCCCCCUUCUUUCCCACCCAUCGCCAUGGAGACGCUGCCGCUGCGUUACGACCACGACCGCAAGGAGGAGCAGGCGGUUGCCGUGGCGCUGGGAGGCUGGGUUACUCCCGGGAGGUUUGACCCCGCCCUGGAGGACUACUACACACUGAGACUGAGAGCUCUGUCAGACGGGCUGCUGGUCGACACCGUCUUCCUCCCUCAUCCCUCCCCUUCGUCUCCUGUGGUGCUUCACUCUAACACCUGGACCUCCAUCCUGUCCCACGGAGCCUUCUCCUCGCACACACCUCCACCUGCACCAGUCGACCUCAUGGCCACGGCGGCCCAGCUGACCAACCAGAGGCUGGUGUGUGUCCUGGAGGCGUGUCACCUGGGCGGAGCCCGGACGGAGCUGGUGCUGAGUCGGGCGUUCCUCCUGGCUGACUGACGGCUGAGACGCUGCAGGGGUCCGUGUACUUCGCGGCCAUCCGUUUUUUGUUUUGAAAUGACAAAAUAAAAAUAGAGAUAUAAUCCGUUUCCCAUCUUUUGUUUUGAUAAUAAAAAACGGAAAACGGAAAAUGGAUCGUUAUCCGAUUUCAUUGAUGUGUUUGAAAAUCGAAAUUGGGAAUUAAAACAGCGAGUGAAAAACUCUUUUCUGUUAGAGUUCAGUACAUAUUAUUGAUUGGACGCUGCAGCUGAACGGACUGUCACAACAUCACUGCAGUUUCAUGACGGAGUGAAGACAGAUUACAGAUUAAACUCAUGUUUCACUCCCAGGUUUCAUAUUUGAUUUAUUUUCUGUUUCAACAUUAAAAAAAUCUAAAACUAUUAAUUUUCAAUCUGAUGAACAAAAGAACCAGAAACAACUUUCUUCAUUUAUUACUGUGCAUGUGCAUUUGUCCAAUCCUUGUUUUCAGUAUCCUUGAAAACGAAUAGGAAAUGGAGAAAAGAGUUUUCCACUCGCUGUUUUAAUUCCCAAUUUCGAUUUUCAAACACAUCAAUGAAAUCGGAUACGGAACGCCGGAUAAUGGAUAACAAUCCGUUUUCUGUUUUUUAUUAUCAAAACAAAAGAUGGGGAACGGAUUAUUUUGGAUUAUUUCUCUAUUUUUAUUUUGUCAUUUCAAAACAAAAAACGGAUGGCCGCGAAGUUCACGGACCCCUGCAGGUUUCCCAGAGUGUUGGAUCUUUCAGCAGGACAUUUCACGAGGUUCUGGAAGACGCCACAAGUUUGACGUCCUGCUGCGGCUCGCUUGUGUCUUUGUACAUUUGUCUGUAAAUAAAUCUGAAUGUUCUGAAAAGACUGUCGACGCUCGUUUUUAUAAUUCAAACACGACUGAAUUUAUCAACCGUAUACAACCGGUUUCUAGCUAAACUUUGAAUGUUGUGGUUUAGCCAG